AUGCACGUCUGCUGCCUGUCUGCUGCCACACCACUCUCAGGGUCGCCCUCACACAACCUUCGUUCGCACGCGCAUCACUACCUCGACUUCAUCCUCGCUCGGCUCCAUCCCGCACCCACUUCACUUCCUCCAUCCAUCACGCAAUCGCACUCGCAGUCUGCAGCUGAGCUUUUGGCGGCGCUCCUCCUUCUCUGUCCACGCCCAUCACCCCAGAGACGUCACCGAUACAUCGCCGCCCCAUCACAGAUCGCUUCGACUGUCAAACAGCAAUCUUUCCGCAGCUCGGCACUCAGUGGACUGGCUCAACGUAAAUCCUUCAACUUACCCCGCAGCCACUCGCAGCUGGCUGAGCGUGCUAGAGUCACCGCCGCCAUGGCCAUCUUCAAGAGGAAUGCGCGCGCUACCGACGCCGGUGACGCCGUCCGCAACGGUUCCACCAACGACGCCGACAGCGACGCAUCGUCCGCAAAGGGUCUGCGCAAGUUCGCACAGCGCAAACCCGCCAACACCGCCUUCAAGCAGCAGCGCUUGAAAGCAUGGCAGCCCAUUCUCACGCCGCGCACCGUCCUCCCCACCUUCUUCCUGGUGGCGCUUAUCUUUGCGCCCAUCGGCGCCGUGCUCUACUACUUUGCAGAGCAGGUCAACGAGUUCACCCUCGACUACACACAGUGCUCCACCGCGCCCGCAACCCCAACCCAGGCGCAGAUCCCCUCGAGCAAGUACGACUACCAGCUGCACGACAAGAAUACGAGCAACUUCCAGCCACCCACCUGGUCCUGGGACGCCGGCUCCAAGACGUGCAACCUCUACUUUAGCGUGCCCAGCCGUCUCGACUCGAGCGUCUUCCUCUACUACAAGCUCACCAACUACUACCAGAACCACCGUCGCUACGUCAAGUCCAUCGACUCGAACCAGCUCAAGGGCGACUCGGUCGCCUACGGCACCAUCAAGGGCGGCACCUGCAAGCCCGUCGACGUCGACCCCGCCACCAACAAGAUCUACUACCCGUGCGGCCUCAUCGCCAACUCGGUCUUCAACGACACCUUCAGCAACCCCGUGCUGCUCAACGUCGCCGGCUCCGACUCGGCCAACCAGACGUACGUCAUGAGCGAAAAGAACAUCGUCUGGCCCGGAGAGAAGGACAAGUACAAAAAGUCAAAGUACGCCGCCGAUCAGAUCGUCCCGCCGCCCUUCUGGCAGGGCGCCACGGGCGAGUUUGGCUUCCCCAACGGCUACUCGGACGGCCAGGUGUUCGACCCGAGCGAGAACGAGCACUUCAUGGUGUGGAUGCGCGUCGCCGGUCUGCCCACCUUCCGCAAGCUGUACAAGCGCAACGACACGGCUGCCAUGGAGCCGGGACGGUAUCUGCUGCAGGUCGUCGACAACUAUCCCGUCAGCAUGUUUGACGGCACCAAGAGCGUCGUGUUUAGCACCUCGUCCUGGGUCGGCGGGCGCAAUCCGUUCCUGGGGCUCUCGUUCAUCGCCGUCGCCGCGCUCUCGGUGCUGCUCGGACUCAUCUUUACCGCGCGCCAUCUGAUCAAGCCCAGGAAGCUCGGCGACAUGAGCUACCUCUCCUGGAACCAGCCCGACUCCAAGUGA